AGACCAGCACCAGCGCCCUGCGGAGGAGCCCGAAGCUGAGAUGUCAAAAGGGCCGCCCCCCGGAGCCGGGGGUCUGUGGACCACCAAACGUGACGGGGAGGUCAAGCUGCGGAUGGAGACGAGCGGCAUCGGCUCCGAGCCCCCCAUCACCGUCCACGACCUCUUCCUGGCCACGGUGGAGAAGUACGGCCACUUCCCGGCGCUGGCUUCGAAGAAGCAGGGCCACUGGUCCAAGCUGACCUUCCGUCAGUACUACGAGGAGUGCCGCAAGACCGCCAAAAGCUUCCUCAAGCUGGGCCUGGGGCGGUUCAACAGCGUUUGUAUCCUGGGCUUCAACUCUCUGGAGUGGUUCCUGGCUGACAUCGGCGCCAUCUUUGCUGGGGGUUUUGCCGUCGGCAUCUACACCACCAACUCCGCCGAGGCCUGUCACUACGUGGCGGAGAAUUGUGGGGCCAACAUCAUUGUGUUGGAGAACGACAAGCAGCUGCAGAAGAUCCUGGAGGUGGAGAAAAAGCUUCCUCUCCUAAAAGCCAUCAUCUACUACAACGACGACAUCAAAGAGAAGAGGCCCAACCUCUACAGCCUCUGUGGAUUUACCGAUGAAUUACCGGCUGGCGCGGGCCCUGAUUUAUAAAAAGGUCCGGAAGGCCCUCGGAUUGGACCGCUGCGACAAAUGCUACACGGGGGCAGCCCCCAUCACCAAGGACACCUUGGAGUAUUUCCUGAGCCUGGACAUUGUGGUCUACGAGCUCUACGGCAUGAGCGAAAGUUCGGGCCCCCACACCGUCUCCUUUCCGUCGUCGUACAGGAUGGCGAGCUGCGGCAAGGAGGUCACAGGCUGCCAGACGAUGCUUUUCAAGCCAGACCAGGAAGGAGUCGGCGAGGUCUGUUUCGCCGGGCGCCACAUCUUCAUGGGCUACCUGAACAUGGAAGACAAAACGAAAGAAGCCAUUGACGGCGAGGGCUGGCUCCAUUCCGGGGAUCUGGGCCGGCACGAUGAGGACGGAUUCUUGUACAUCACGGGGAGGAUCAAAG